AUGUCCUCCUUUGUAGGACAAAGUGCGAGCCUGUCGCGUCCCGGGAGCAGACUUGACAAUCGUUUCGACAACCGGUUCGACAAUAAAUUCGAGGCCAAACCGUCGAGCCGACCCUCUAGCAGAGCAUCCGUUAGGCCAUCUUCAGUCGCCGGUAUUCAUACAUCCGCAUACGAUGCAGAGUUCAACCGCACCCGUCCCCAGAGCCACCAGAGCUUGCCUGGCCCAGGUCCAGGUCCGGCGAGCCCCAGCUCCGGCAAGCGCAAGAGAACCCUCCCCACUCCGACCGUUGAUGAUGGUCUCCUGAGGGCGCCAAUUGUUCUCAAGCCACACCCUUCGAGCAUAUUAGCAAAGCCGCGCAUUCUACAUCCUCUCAUGCUUCUACCUCGCGAGGCCCUGCCGCUGUCAGCUCUCGACCUCUCUCAACCUCACGGCGACUUUCCCGCUAGUCGGCUUUUCGAAUCCAAAAUUAAGAUUCUCGAUCUUGAGGACCGUCUAGGAUCUAAUAUUCUUCUCGCCCGCUCAGAAACAACCCGUCUGGCAUAUGCUGUCGAACGUGAGAGCAGUGGGCUAUACGUGCUGUGCAAGUUAGGGUCGUGGGUGGAUAUCGAGCUGCUCAGUCAGAGCGCCACAGUCGUGUGUAAGGAGCGGAUGAAGAGUGGGAAGGCUGUUAAGCAGGAGCACGCCGCUGCCACGCCGGUCAUUACGCCUUCGAUGUACAACGAUAACAAGAGGCGGAGACUGGCUAUCGAAGAGAUACAGUCCUUGGUUCGAAAACGUUCAAUGUCGGUCAUCGAGAAGGAGCCGCCAAAGCCAAUGCCCACGCCAACGGCAUCUGAAAGCCCAGCGCCAUCCGGGGCGGGCGACAUUGGAUCGGAAAACCCGGUGAUGGAACACGAGGAAACCCCCAUUGUGCCUGGACCGUCCGUAUCUAGCAGGCCAGAUACCCCCGCACCAGCGACAGAACCCGUUCUCGACCCCCUUACACAGCCCAACGCCGAGGAUAUCUUUCUCAAUAUCAGAGCUCAGUAUAUGGAAGCCCUGUAUCAUUCAAAAGGCUCGUUAGCGUACUUUGCCAAAGGCCCUCUUUCCAAGGCGAGGGCGACGUUCCAUUUGGACUGGGACUCCAAUCUCAACAUGAAUGACCUGGUGGAGUUCCUAAAGAGUCUCGUCAUGACCACCGUCAUGAUUGACAAGAAGUAUCGCGAAACAAUUCCUGAGAUCGUGGCGAAAAUGAAGACGCUUACCCCGGACUCGGAAAACGGCGCCUCAAAGCCCAAGAAGAAAAAGGCGAAAAAAACGAAGUUGGGCAAGGACGGGCUGUACCCGGGUGAGAUUGACCAUGUCCGGCGAUGGUGGACUUCGCACCAACCCAGCUCAAGCGGGGAUGAUGCGAAGGCUUUGAGUGCGACGGAGCAUAAAUACCACGUAUCCUGUCUGCGAAGGAGGGAAACACAACUGCAGAUGAUCUUGGUGUUGGAGAUUCUGGCUCUCGAGCCUGUGGCGUUGGCCAAGGGCGCUGAAUGCCAACUCCCUGGAAUGGAAUCUCAAAUUCCCUCCCGAGAGGAGAGCCAGGAACCAGCGGCCAAAAAGAGGAACAGGCACAAUCUGCCAGUGCUCCUCGAUGUGCAUGCGGACCGUCUCUGCAUCUGGCAGUCCACCACGUCGGACGAAGUCAAGGCGGUCGCCGAGUCGCAAGUGCCCACGGAGGGCCAUGAGGGUGAGCAAGUAGAAAGGGCCAAUUCCGACCCCCUGAGGGACUUUUGUGUGGAUAUUAUUGUGCCAUUUUUCUCAGCCCGCCUUCCAGGUCCCUGCGACUCUCUCAACCGCAAGCUAGGAGGCCCGGUCGCUCAGUCCCCCCUCAGAGCAAAGGUGCCUAGUUCGGCAGUCAAGCCGAAACCGGGCGCCCCGAUGAAACGACCAGCUCCGAAACGGGACAAGGACAGGACACUCGAGCGUGCCCUCUCCGUUGAGAGGAGCAGACGCAGCGUCUCACGAGGGCCUGCCGCAACAAUUGCCCUAUUGCGAUCCGCGACACAAACCGUGAUACCGGGGUUGAAGCGAGAGGCAACCGAUUCAUCACUAAUGGGGCUGGUCCCGCGGGCGGAAUCUGGCUUGGCCAAGGAGCGACCAUCGAAUGUAUUCUCAAGGAGCUUGAGUUUGGGUGGGGUCGACCUGAGGGCACAGAAGAAGGCCCAAGUCGACGCCGAGCUCAAGGAUGCUAUCUCGGCGCUCAAGAAGCCGAACCGAACCCUAGCGGCCAAGGAUAUUGUCGAAGCAGCCGAGAAGCGGGCAUCGGCUGGGCAGCUCAAGAAAAUGAGAAAACCGACUCGUACCCCUGGUGUACAAGUCAAAGCCACGCCAGCUAACAAUCGUUUCAAAGACGCCUUCACAGCUGACAAGGCCCAGUCUCAGCCGGCCCCGUUCCUCGACGCAGCUCCCUCCAGCGCUUCCGUCAUCCCCGCAUCCACUCUCCCACGCAAGUUCACCGACCGACUCCCCGCGCCCAGCCGACUGACCGGCCGCAUCCAAGCGACACCAGUGCGACCGACCUCGUCCAUCCCCGCCACAGGCCUCCGGCCUGUCCAGGAAACGCCCGGCGGCCCCGGCAUCUUCCCUUCCUCGCCUAUCAUGGCCCGGAAAGCCGCGCCGGCACCCCCACCCGUGUUCGCGCUCGCCCAACCGCGCGCCAAGAACCUGCCGGCUCCCGCGGACCGCUCCGGGGGUGCCGCCGGGGACAUUCCGUCGUCGCCUGGGCUAGGCACGCUUUUCGAGACGCCUGUCAUGUCGCGGUCGGCGAGGGCGCGCAUGGACGUCGUGGAUGAUACGCCCAUCAAGUCGAGACUGCCGCUUGGGGUGGCGGGGGAUGGGGGGAACAGGGUUGGGGGAGGAGGUAAGCUGGGCGGGGCGGGGAAGGUGUUUGGUGGUAGUGGAGGGAGUGAUGGCUCGGGAGAUGCAGGGGCGGAGGAAAAUGGGGGUGGGAGUGGGAGUGCGAGGGGUGAGAAUCCCGGCGUGGCGAGCAUUUACCAGCGGCUUGGCUGGGAUACGACAGAUCUGGAUGAUAUUGAUGACCUGUUAUGA